UCGGCGGCUAGUUCAGAGAAACAGACAAGGAUCUGAUUGAGAUUUGAGGCUAGUGGCUUUGUGCUUUAUAUUUUCUUCGUUGCCUAUCUUAAACCUCACAUGCUCUGAUCGUCUCGCCAGCUCUGCUCUUCUAGACGCUCUGAUCGUCUGCAGCUCAGCACAAAUGGCAGAGGCGGUCCUCCUUGCUCUAACGAAGAUCGGUGAUGCUUUAGCAAAUGAAAUCGCUAAAGAAUUGAUUGCCAAACUGUCUGAAAAGGUUAAUAAUCUAAAGGAUCUGGAUGAGAAGAUUGAGCAAAUGAGGAAACAAUUGACAACCAUGAACAACGUUAUAUUGCAGAUAGGCACGACAUACCUCACUGAUGAAGUCGUCAAGGGUUGGAUUGGGGAGGUAAGGAAGGUGGCCUACCGUGUUGAGGAUGUCAUGGACAAAUACUCGUAUUACUCUGUGCAAAUGGCGGAAGAGUGGUUCCUUAAAAAAUACUUCAUCAAAGCAUCACAUUAUGUUAUUGUUUUCACUGAAAUUGCUAAUGAGGUAGUCAAGAUAGAGAAGGAAAUCAAACAAGUUAUAGAACUGAAGGAUCAGUGGUUGCAUCCAUCCCAGCUUGUUUCUGACCCGCUCACUGAGAUGGAAAGACAGAGGUCCCGGGACAGCUUCCCAGAACUUGUGAAAGAUGAAGAUCUUGUGGGGAUUGAAGACAACAGGAGACUGCUGACUGAAUGGUUGUACACCGACGAGCUGGACAGUAAGGUGAUAACAGUGUCAGGUAUGGGCGGACUGGGGAAAACCACCCUGGUCACAAAUGUGUAUGAACGUGAAAAGAUCAACUUCUCUGCUCAUGCAUGGAUGGUUGUGUCUCAAACCUACACUGUGGAUGCUCUAUUAAGGAAGCUGCUUUGGAAAGUUGGUUACACAGAACCACCACUGUCAAGUAACAUUGACAAAAUGGAUGUGUAUGAUUUGAAAGAGGAAAUAAAGCGAAUGCUCAAAGUUAGAAAAUGCUUGAUCGUACUUGAUGAUGUCUGGGACCAAGAAGCAUACUUUCAAAUACGUGAUGCAUUCCAGAAUGACCAAGGAAGUCGCGUAAUAAUCACAACACGGAAGAAUCAUGUGGCAGCUCUUGCUUCCUCAACAUGUCACCUUGAUCUCCAGCCAUUGAGUGAUAUUCAUGGCUUUGAUCUAUUCUGCAGAAGGGCAUUUUAUAACAUUAAGGACCAUGAGUGUCCCACGGAACUCGUGAAAGUUGCCAAAUCUAUAGUUGAGCGGUGUCAGGGCCUUCCACUAGCAAUUGUGUCAAUAGGCUGCCUCCUGUCUUCAAGAUCACGGUCACAUUAUGUUUGGAAUCAAGCAUACAAUCAACUUAGAAGUGAGUUGUCAAAGAACAAUCAUGUCCGAGCAAUUUUAAAUAUGAGCUACCAUGACCUGUCAGGAGACCUAAGAAACUGCUUUUUGUACUGCAGCCUAUUCCCGGAAGACUACCCGCUCUCCCGUGAGAGCCUUGUGCGUCUGUGGAUUGCAGAAGGCUUUGUCCUGAGGAAAGAGAACAACACACCAGAGGCAGUAGCUGAGGGAAAUCUCAUGGAAUUGAUAUACAGGAAUAUGCUUCAAGUUACAGAGUAUGAUGAUCUCGGCAGGGUGAAUACUUGUGGAAUGCAUGACAUUAUGCGAGACCUGGCCCUUUCUGCUGCUAAAGAGGAGAAGUUUGGCUCUGCAAAUGAUUUUGGCACAAUGGUAGAGAUUGAUAAGGAUGUUCGUCGUCUGUCAACUUACCGAUGGAAAGACAGUACUGCACCAAUUCUCAAACUUCUACGUCUUCGAACCAUAGUAUCACUUGAAGCAUUUUCAUCUUCCAUUGAUAUGUUGUCCUCAGUUUUGUCUCACUCAAGCUACCUUACUGUUCUCGAGCUUCAAGAUUCAGAAAUCACUCAAGUUCCACCAUCUAUAGGGAAUUUGUUUAAUCUACGUUACAUUGGCUUACGGAGGACCAAGGUUAAGUCACUCCCAGACUCCAUUGAAAAGUUGCUGAACCUCCACACUCUGGACAUGAAGCAAACAAAGAUAGAGAAGCUACCACGAGGAAUCACUAAAAUCAAGAAGCUAAGACACUUGUUUGCUGAUAGAUGUGUUGACGAGAAGCAGUCGGAGUUCCGAUACUUUGUAGGAAUGCAGGCACCUAAAGAUCUAUCCAACCUGAAAGAACUACAAACUCUGGAGACUGUUGAAGCCAGCAAGGACUUAGCUGAGCAGUUGAAGAAACUCAUACAACUAAAAAGUGUAUGGAUUGACAACAUAAGCUCUGCUGAUUGUGAUAAUAUUUUUGCUACACUGUCAAAUAUGCCGCUACUUUCCAGUUUGCUUCUUUCUGCAAGGAAUGAGAAUGAGCCACUUUCUUUUGAGGCUCUCAAGCCAAGUUCCACAGAACUCCACAGGUUAAUUGUCAGAGGGCAAUGGGCCAAGAGUACAUUGGACUACCCGAUAUUCCGUAGCCACAGUACACAUCUCAAAUAUUUAUCCCUAAGUUGGUGUCAUCUCGGGGAAGAUCCAUUGGGGAUGCUUGCGUCGAACUUGUCGGACCUCACUUAUCUAAAACUGAACAACAUGCAGAGUGCAGCAACAUUAGUUCUUCGUGCAAAGGCAUUCCCCAAACUAAAGACUCUUGUCUUGAGGCAGAUGCCUGAUGUCAAGCAGAUAAAGAUCAUGGAUGGCGCCCUUCCAUGCAUUGAAUGUUUGUACAUUGUGUUGCUGCCGAAGCUGGACAAGGUCCCUCAAGGCAUUGAGUCCCUUAACUCCCUGAAGAAGCUCUCCCUGUUGAACCUGCAUAAAGACUUCAAAAUCCAAUGGAAUGGUAAUGAGAUGCACAAGAAGAUGCUGCAUGUUGCAGAAAUCUGUGUCUAGAAGUUGCAUGCUUUAUUUACCUUAAAGAGGCUCUUUGUAAUUUUGUAGCACCCUUGAAUUUUUCAUUUAUUUAAAAAUCUUGUCAUUUAAACAUUUUGAGUAUAAAUUUGGUUCUUAUUUGAUUUUGUGCCAAA